CAGUUUCACUACAUCUAGUUAUUCUCAUAUAAUACCGUCAAGGAAAAUGGCGGAGGCGGUAAGUUUAGCUGCUGGAACUCUUACUAUUGUCAAUCAUGCCCGUGUGGUCUCAACCUUCUUGUCCGAUCACGAUAAAUCCCAAAACAACCUCUCGGCGGCCGUCAAGCUCGAAAUCGAGAUAUACUCGGAGAUCUUGGAAGAGAUUGGGCAGAUAGCUCUCUCAGGAACUUCUAGACUCCCUCGAAGCGCCACGCUCUCUCUACAGCUUUGCGAACUCCAUCUCUCUAAUGUGGAGAGGAUAAUCCGGCGUAAUGUGGAGAAGAUAACACUUUCAACAGCGAUACGAUGGCCUGAGGCAGGUGACUUGGAAAAACAUCUGGGCAGCUACAGACGCUCCGUCAAGAUAUUGAGGGAUAUCGUCAUGGAUGUCAUAACGCAGGAACUUUUACGAAAGGAUGGAAACGAACGAAGUUCGAGAAUGCACGGAGCCAUACACAUCGAAAAUGUGAUUGAUACGACUCAGGGCACAGAUAUGAUUGAGAAGCAGGUUGAGACCAUCAUCCAGCAGCUAGGUACAAUGUUCAGCUCAGGUGAUGUUCAGACUGGGCCCGUGCACAUCAGCAAUAGGUUCACGGACAGAGCUGUCGCGGGAGAUGGUCUCUCCGAGGACGUCCUGGACAAUUUGAGAAGGGCUGCCGAGGGCAUCAACGCCUCAUCAAGUGCAACCCAGAGUACACCGAAUCCAUUUGAAUUUUACGCACGAAUCCUACGAGACCAGGAACAUAGCGAGGAGGAAUCAAAUGUGUGUGCCAAGUUUGACACUGGGAGUGAAGAUAACUGGAUAUCGGCCGCGAUUGUCAAUCGUGUAGGACUGCACGAUCGGCUCGAACUCACACAGCUAGGCAAGCUCUACACUGGCGCGGAUGGAAACAUGUUCCAGCCGAUGGGGGUCGUUUCUGUACCAUGGACGAGGAACUCGAUCAAGUCAUGGCAGACAGAUUUCUUGGUUCUCGAGAAUGCCCCAUUCGACAUGCUCUUGGGUCGAAAAUUCAUCAUUGAAGAGGGGCUCUUCGUCUUUGCCGAUCCGGUGCUGGUCACUGAUCUAACGAGGCUUGCGCCAUUCUCUAAAGAGGACUACCACAAGAUGGAGCAGAAGCUAAGAGAAAGAGGUGUUCAAAAUGAAGAGCUAUCGAGAACGAGAGAGCUGAAGGAUGCAGCCGCGCGUGAAAGGCGACGCGCAGAAAAAGCGGCUUCGAGAAUGAGUCUUGCUACCUCGAGGAUGAGUGUCAUGACAACGCCUGGCUCAAUGACCCCUGCAUCAUUUCGCCCGACGCCAUCGAUGCAAUCGCAGGCUGACAGCAUGGGCUCCGGAGUAGCGGAUGGAGAUGCCUCGCAAGCUACAAGCGGAGCACAAGAUGAAGAAAAUCAGUCAGUCAGCUUUUGAGCCGGAGAUGCACAUCCGUUGCGGGAAGAUGUCAGCAGCGCGACAUGAGGAAAUCUUGGCUGCGGCAAUGAGGCGAGCUUUGCAGAAGGGCUGAGAGAUUACCAUUUCCAUGGAAAAGGUUCAUAUAUAAUGCUGAAAGGGAAGUUAGAGAGAGUUGGCGCUGGUGAAAGUGGUAAGGAAGUGUGAAAUGUGGGUGGUUGGUAAAGUCAUAGUGGCGGUUUGAAAAUGCGCGAAGUACCGAUUCGAAGGGCUAAAAUCAUAUAUUGAGGCGUAGACAAUUGCAAUCAUCCCGCUUUCUU